GCUUGUGCUCACACGUGAAUUGAGGCCCGGUGGGACACGCUUGUGCUCACACAGGAAUCGAGGCCCAGCGGGAGGUCCUGGGGGAGCAUCGCGCCUGCCCCCGUUCUCCUGUAGCGGUGUUUUCUCUGGAAGGCAGCUGGGACCUUGGUCCAUCUCGGGUGGGCCCGUGGCCCCACCAGCACAGAAAUGAACCGAGGAUUGCCGGGACCACCCUGAGAUCAGGCCGGGUGGGAAUGCUGUCCCUCUGUCAUGCUUCCAGCUGAUGCUUAUGGCUGUUAAUAGGCCAGACCUUUGGGAAGAGGUCCCCUCUGGAGGGUUUCCAAGAAGUUCUGGAGGGUUCCCAGAUUUUCCAGCCCGUUAUGGUGAUGGAGGGGCUCUCACCUAUUCUUGCCAUAGCUUUGGUGCUGUGUAAAUUAAGGCCAACAAAUGGUGCUGCACGCAGUCGGUGAGUCCACCUUUGCCUGUCCAACCCUAAGGGACAGAGGCCGAAGAGGGAAGGUGGGAGGAGGCACCUCUGUGUAGGAAUAAAGGUAGUUCUGGUGCCAAAAACACAAGGCUUAUGUUCUGGUAGAUCAGAGAAGAGGGAGGUAUGAAGAGCAGCAAUCUAACUCCAGCCAAGCACAUGCACAGGCGAGCUGAUGCUUGCACUGCAUUGGCUUUGGGGCAAAGAUGGCUUUUCACGGGGCAGAGGACAGUGUGCAUCACCACCAGGUGAGCAUCAGCUGUCGGACCUCCUACCCAGGGCGUUCCCUGCCUGGGAAGGAUGCUGGGCUCCCCUCCUGUCACUCAGCCACCAGGAAAGGUGGAUCCAGGGUGUGGAGCAAAGCCAAGAGGCUGGCAUACCGCGGAGAGUUUUGUGGAGCAAAGAGCAGAUGCAAGCCCUCACGGGAAAAUAUGAGAUAACUGAGUGCUAAAAGGCACCUGCAGGCAGUGCGGUGUCAGCACAGAGGGAGACGGAGCACUAUGGCUGGAGUUCGUUUCCAUUCUGUUCUGGUGACUGGGGCCAACCGGGGAAUCGGCCUGGGGCUUGUCCAGCACCUGCUGGGGAUGCCAAGCCCACCCCAGUGGGUCUUUGCAGGCUGCCGGGACCCCAAGGGACAGCGAGCGCAGGAGCUGCAGAAAUUGUCCUCCAAGCACCCCAACCUGGUCAUCGUCCCGCUCGAAGUCACCGAUCCCGCCAGCAUCAAGGCGGCCGCAGCCAGCGUCGGGGAGCGCCUCAAGGGCUCGGGGCUGAACCUCCUCAUCAACAACGCUGCCAUUCUGAAGGCGAACUCACUUGACACCGAGACACUGAAGGACAUGUCCGAGGUGUACACGACCAACUCCAUUGCACCCCUGCUGCUGAGCCAGGCAUUCCUGCCCCUGCUGAAGAAGGCAGCCCAGGAGAGCCCAGGCUCGGGGAUGAGCUGCAGCAAGGCAGCCAUCGCCAACGUUUCCAGCAUUGGGGGAUCCAUUUCGUCUUUCACUGGUUGGGAUGUAAUGGAAAUUGUCUCAUACCGCUGCAGCAAGGCUGCUCUGAACAUGCUCACCAGGUGCCAGUCCAUGGGGUACCGGGAACACGGCAUCCUCUGUGUCGCUCUCCAUCCCGGAUGGGUGCAAACAGACAUGGGGAGCUCAGCCGGACAUGUGCCCCCGGUGACGGUGGACGCGAGCGUAGGAGGGAUGCUGAAGGUGCUCUCCUCCCUCUCCGAGAAGGACACCGGGACCUUCCUGGACUGGGAAGGGAACGUUGUGCCCUGGUGAGGUGCUGGCCCAGCCUCGUGCCUGGAUCCUUCCAGUGGCCCCUGUGCUGCUGCCUGACCUCUGCUUCCCCCUCAAUAAACCCAUGUCUGAGAACAGCA